UUCCGUGUCCCCGCCUGCGGAGUCAGUGUGCGGUUUGGGAGAAAAUGUGUCGGAUAUUUUGGGGCGGUCACGUGGGCGGGCAGGCUCCAAGAGGCCCCAGGACAGUCCUAGUCUAGAGCCUGUGGGCCCCCCCAAUAUCCCCCCCGUGACCGCGAACCCCUAUUCUAGCGCCUGCCCAUCACCAAGAGCGUCCAAUUCUGGGACCUCCAGGCUUCGAGGAUUCCCCUUCUCCCUCCCCCUCCAGCAGUCACAGUCUAAUCCUUUCAGCCUUGCCCAGUAUGUAGGAAGGAGUGUUUCAGGCAGCCAAAGGGACCCUUGGAGCCCUGGUGGUCGGGCUGGACAGGGUGGGCACGGAGCCUCCCGGGCCCAGGCGUCGGGCAUGGGCGGGGGGUGUGGCUGAGGGUCCCCCCCGCCCAUUGCAGACCCUAGAGGGCUCAGCCACCCAUGCCACCGCCAUGGCUGCCAAUAAGGAUCGUCUGUUUGUCCCCAGUGCCCUGGGACCUGGGGCUGGUUUCCCUGGGACGACAAGCUUCCCUUUCACCUUCUCUGGGGGACUCCGGGGAUCCCCACCCUUUGAGAUGCUGAGUCCUGGCUUCCGGGGCCUGGGCCAGCCUGACCUCCCCAAGGAGAUGGCCUCUCUGUGCCUGUCUCCUCGAACCCCCCUGCUUUGUGGAUUGGCUGGCACUGCCCCAUGCCGGCUUGGCCCCACCCGGGGCCCUUUCGCAAGAGAGGAAAUGAGGCAGCUCUCUGAGGGCAAGGAAGGCGUCAAUGCCCGAGCGGUAGAGACCCAGAGCACAAGCUCCGAGGAAAUGGUGCCCAGCUCACCCUCACCCCCUCCACCUCCCAGAGUCUAUAAACCAUGCUUCGUCUGCAACGACAAGUCCUCUGGCUAUCACUAUGGAGUCAGCUCCUGUGAGGGGUGCAAGGGCUUCUUCCGACGAAGCAUCCAGAAGAACAUGGUGUACACGUGUCACCGGGAUAAGAACUGCAUUAUUAACAAGGUGACCCGAAACAGGUGCCAGUACUGCAGACUGCAGAAGUGUUUUGAAGUUGGGAUGUCCAAGGAAGCUGUCCGGAAUGACCGAAACAAGAAGAAAAAGGAGGUCAAGGAAGAGGGUCCUCCUGACAGCUACGAGCUGAGCCCCCAGCUGGAGGAGCUGAUUGCUAAGGUCAGCAAGGCCCAUCAAGAGACCUUCCCCUCCUUGUGCCAGCUGGGCAAGUAUACCACGAACUCAAGUGCAGAUCACCGGGUGCAACUGGACCUAGGCCUGUGGGACAAAUUCAGCGAAUUGGCCACCAAGUGCAUCAUCAAAAUCGUGGAGUUUGCCAAGAGGCUUCCAGGUUUCACAGGACUCAGCAUCGCCGACCAGAUCACCCUCCUCAAAGCAGCCUGCCUGGACAUCCUGAUGCUUCGGAUCUGCACUCGAUACACCCCAGAGCAGGACACAAUGACUUUUUCUGAUGGGCUGACCCUAAAUCGGACGCAGAUGCACAACGCUGGCUUUGGGCCUCUCACAGACUUGGUCUUUGCCUUUGCUGGGCAGCUGUUGCCUCUUGAGAUGGAUGACACGGAGACUGGACUGCUCAGUGCCAUUUGCCUCAUCUGUGGAGACCGAAUGGACCUAGAGGAACCAGAGAAAGUAGACAAAUUGCAGGAGCCGCUCUUGGAGGCUCUGAGGUUGUAUGCAAGGCGGCGUCGGCCCAGCCAGCCCUACAUGUUCCCAAGAAUGCUCAUGAAGAUCACUGACCUUCGAGGCAUCAGUACCAAGGGAGCAGAACGAGCUAUCACCUUGAAAAUGGAGAUCCCAGGCCCAAUGCCCCCCUUGAUCCGGGAAAUGCUGGAGAACCCCGAGAUGUUUGAGGACGACUCCUCGCAGCCUGGCCCCCGACCAGAGCCCCCAAGCGAGGAUGAGGGAAUAGGGGGUGGGGGUGAUGGGGACCUCAGCCCCGCCCCUGACCCAGACCCCUGACUUCCCCCUGCUGUGGUGGUGGUGGUAAGGGGUUAUCAGAUCCCUGGGUAGCAGACUGACCAUCCCCACCAGUGACUGGGAGAGGACCCUAUGUGCCCUCUCUUCACUCCCAUUCCCCAAACCAGCACCAGUUUGAGCUCCUUGUUUUUGCCAAAGUUUUCUGGGCUAUGUGUCCAUCCUUUACCCUCACCAAGUCCUAACUGGCCUUCCUCCCCACAAUUUUCUGGCUGGGACCCAAUUCCUGUGCCUCCCUCCCCACCUUAGGGAGAUCGAAUGGGACGGGUGAGAUGGGGUCUCAGCUAUGAAUCUAGGAGCUAUCUCUUGGACAUCAGAUCCCUCAGUUCUCCAGCAGGGAGAAGGGGGACGACCUUUGUUGGUGCUGAGUAGGUGAGGACCUUGUCUCCCAUCCCCCCCACCCCCACCCCCACCCACGUCAGAGGAGAUCUCCAGGAAUAAUUAGGAACACUAGAGACCAAAGGGAGGAGCAGGGGGGCUGGGCCAGCUGCCUCCACCCCCUUGUGACCGCUGUGCAAUGCCCCCUGCCUGACACAUAACUGCCCUCUGCCUCCCUGUGUGCCAGGCUCAGGGUAGGGGGUAGCUGGUCCCCCCCAGUCCUAUGGGGGCAGUGAAGGGGGCAGAUGCAGGCCCGUUCUGCACCUCUUUGCUGAUGGCUCCAGCGUGUACUCCCCCUUUCCCCGGCUUCCCCCAUAAAAAGGGGAAGUGCCCUCCGUUAAGAAUCCCCCAGCCCUACUAUGUGCCUUGGGUGCCCCCCGCCCCCCAUCUCAGCCAUCGGGGCGGAACCCUUCUACACUACAGAGGGGCCUGGGGAGCCCCUCCCUCUCCACCCCUAGUGCCUUCCCCCCACAAUACCCCAGAGCAGCUCAGCCCAGGGAGGGGAGGGCUGCUUAGCUGAUCCCGACCCUACCCAGAGGAAGCCUCUUAUUUAUUUAUUAGCUUUUGUUUACACCCUGGAAUUACCCCCCAUCCCCCUGGGGGUUCUGGGGGUGGAGCCCAGGGCCCCUUCUGAUUCCCAACCCCUGGUUUGUAUUUAGCUGCCAAAUAAAGUUCCCACUGGCCCCCCUUUUUCUCUGGGGGGGCUGGGUGCUGUCCCCUCCCCCCCUUUGUUUACAUCCCCCUUCCUCCCGCUGUAUCGCAUAUUGCUGAGUUUUCUAUUUUUGCAAAAUAAAGUGAUGGAAAC